AUGUGCAAAUUGCUGCAGAAAGAUGUGAAAUUCCACUUUGAUGAUGAUUGCAAGAAGGCUUUCGACGAAUUGAAGGCUAAGCUCAUUUCUGCCCCUAUCAUUCAAGCCCUAGAUUGGUCUCUACCAUUUGAGAUAAUGUGUGAUGCGAGUGAUUAUGCAGUUGGAGCUGUGUUAGGCCAGAAAGUAGGGAGGGCAUCUCAUGUGAUCUAUUAUGCCUCAAUGACCCUCAAUUCAGCCCAACGAAACUACACUACCACAGAAAAAGAGUUGUUAGCUGUAGUAUUUGCUCUAGAAAAGUUUCGAUCUUAUUUGCUUGGUACUAAAGUAAUUGUUUUCACUGAUCAUGCAGCUCUUCGCCACUUGAUGACGAAGAAAGAAGCCAAACCAAGACUAAUAAGAUGGAUUCUGCUCUUAUGUGAGUUUGAGUUGGAAAUCAAGGACAAGAUAGGCGCGGAAAAUCUAGUUGCUGAUCAUUUGAGUUGUUUGUCCCAUAUUGUUGAUCAACCAUCAUUUCCAUACCAAAUCCUAGGAGAAUUUCCGGAUGAAUCUUUAUUUGCUCUUAAGGAUUUGCGGCCUUGGUUUGCUAACAUUGUGAAUUUUCUGGUUUCUCAACAGUUUCCUCCAGGUUUCACAAAGUCUCAAAAGGACAAGCUUCGAAAUGAUGCGAAGUACUAUGCAUGGGAUGAUCCAUACUUGUGGAAGUUCUGCUCCGAUCAAAUCAUUCGCAGAUGCAUUCCCGAAAAUGAGGUGAUCCCUAUUCUCACCUUCUGUCAUUCUCAUGGUUGUGGCGGACACUUUGGAGCCAAACGCACAGCAAGGAAGAGAGUAGGUAACAUUUCCCAGAAAAGUGAAAUGCCCCAAUCCUCUUUACUAUAUUGUGAAAUAUUUGAUGUUUGGGGUAUAGAUUUCAUGGGACCAUUCCCUAUUUCUCACGGUUUUACUUAUAUACUUCUUGCUUGUGAUUAUGUGUCGAAGUGGGUGGAAGCAAUACCCACUAGGACUGACGAUUCUAAAGUGGUUUCAGGUUUUAUAAAAUCUUACAUAUUUUCUAGGUUUGGAAUCCCGAGGGCGUUGAUAAGUGACCGAGGAACGCACUUUUGCAACCGUACAGUGGGUGCUAUGUUGAGGAAGUACUCCGUUCACCACAAAAUCUCCACGGCUUGUCACCCACAAACCAAUGGGCAAGCCGAGGUGUCCAAUAGAGAGGUGAAGUCAAUUCUGCAGAAAACGGUGAAUCCGGAUAGGAAGGAUUGGAGUUUGAGGUUGGAGGAUGCUCUAUGGGCGUACCGCACCGCAUACAAAACACCUAUCGGGAUGUCCCCUUACCGCCUUAUCUUCGGAAAACCGUGCCAUCUUCCGGUUGAGCUUGAGCAUAAAGCAUAUUGGGCGGUUAAGUCAUUUAACAUGCAAUUGGAUGAAGCGGGUGAACAUCGGAAAUUGCAACUCCAAGAACUAGAGGAGAUCCGGCUUGAGUCCUAUGAGAAUGCCGAUACUUAUAAAGCAAAGACCAAGCUAUGGCAUGAUCGAAUGAUCACGCGGAAGGAGUUCAAAGUCGGUGACAAAGUACUCCUAUAUCAAUCCCGACUUAGAUUAUUUCCGGGAAAACUUCGGUCCCGUUGGGAGGGCCCUUUUCAAGUGGUGAACGUAUAUCCGCAUGGAGCAGUUGAAAUUCAAAGCCUCGAGACCGAUAAGGUGGAGGCCUCGGGAGCAUCUUUUAUGCCCGAAACACAGCAAAAACAAGCUGAAACAGAGCCAAAGGGGACAUUCCCCGCUAAAGCCGCUGGCAGCUGCUGCAGAGCGGGUCUUCAGGCAGCCCAAAAACCCCAGGCUCUGUCCCAGCCGCUGUUGUGCAAGUUGAAUUUCUCGUAA